AUGUAUCCACAGUCAAAAAGAGAGGUUAGAAAUUGCAAAAUUAUCAAAACCGUGUUUGCUUGCUGUAAGGAGUUUUUUAUGCAGACUAGCAUUCAUGGUCUUAACCACAUCGCUGCUCCCAGAAGACAUUGGGCUGAGAGAAUCGUAUGGGUAUUCAUCACAGCCAUGGCCGUAUGGGGAGUCGUGGACAUCUCUCUGGGGCAGUGGCAACGUUACAAUGAUAAUCCAACAGUGGUGACUCUUGAAAAGGAUUUCAGGACUUGGAGAUUUAAUAUACCAGCUUUAACUGCUUGCGAACAGGAUAGAGUCAGUAUGGAGAAAGUGCCCAAUGCAAUAAAAUCUCGAUGGAAUAUUGGAGAAGAAGAUCAAAAAUAUGAAUAUUAUCACAGAUUUAUAAAAACUGUUGCGAAUUCAGAUUUAUUUCAUUUGAACGGAUAUGCAGAGUUCAAAGAUGAUGCUACUCUAAAUGUUAAUUUGUACGAAUUGGCUGUUGAGGUGUUGCCAGAACAUCGCAUCAAAAUGGGUUCAUCAGAAACUUUACUACAGAAAUGGAUACCAAUUAUGACGGAAGCAGGCGCAUGUUAUACUAUUAACUCUAUCGCUGUAGCAGAUGUCGCUUUAGUAAAACCUGACAAAAAUAAUACACUCCAAGCCCCUACCACGUGCAAGUAUUCUUCACAAAGCUGUUACAUCAUGGUCGAGAGCGCUGCAAAAAUCGAUUAUUACAUCCACUCCCCAUACGAUGUGGCUAAUGUUAUGGUAACUCCAAGUACUGUCUAUCCAUCGCUCAACCGCUAUACUGAGUUGAGUUCUAUGGAAACGAGAACCGGACUUGGUGUUAGAGAGCUACCUCCAAAAACUAGACACUGCCUAUAUACAGAUGAGCCUGUGAAACCUUCUAGAAAAGUGUACAGCACGCAUACCUGUCGUCAAGAUUGUAGAAGUCGGUUGGCGCAGAAGCUGUGUGGGUGCAAGCCUUUCUAUUAUUUCUAUGAUGAUGGUCCAUCCUGCACUCCAUCUGGUAUGUGGUGCUUGGCUGCGUAUUCCCAGACCCUCGCUAACUUCGGCGGUAUCAAAUGCGCUUGCAGCCAGCAAUGUUUGGGCUCUGUCUUCAGAGAGAUCUCUAAAGAAGAUCAGAUAUGGGAUCGAGGGCCAUUUCAAGCCCGCGGAGCAGUGCGCUUCACAGUCCAAGCUCCACGGACUAGAUACACCAGACACAUCGUCUUCCAUCUCCAAGACCUUGUUGUGUCAUUUGGUGGAGCGGCUGGACUUUUCUUAGGCGCUAGCUUCAUCAGCUUCGUUGAAAUCGGCUACUUCUUGCUGGAAAAACUUUUUCGUGGUCCUCCAACAAACACAAAAAUGGUACAGAAGCCUACAAUCCCAUAUGACGAAACGGUCAAAGAAAUUACAUGUAUUCUAGAAGAAAAUUUCAAUAAACGA